UGCGAUGUUACUUUCAGGCAUAUGUUUAGGACAUACCGGUGGGGCCUGAAGGGGCUUUGUGCGGUAACCGAAGCAGUUGAGAACUCGACGGCGAAUUUCGGAGAUGCCUCCAAAAGGAAAAAGCGUAUCUGGGAAACGAGGGAAAGGAAAAGCAGCCUCUGGGAGUGAUAGUUCUGACAAGAAGGCGCAGGGUCCCAAAGGUGGUGGCAAUGCAGUAAAGGUCAGACACAUUCUGUGUGAAAAACAUGGAAAAAUCUUGGAAGCCAUGGAAAAGUUAAAGUCUGGAAUGAAAUUCAAUGAAGUGGCCACACAAUAUAGUGAAGAUAAAGCCAGGCAAGGGGGCGACUUGGGUUGGAUGACCAGAGGGUCCAUGGUGGGACCAUUUCAAGAAGCAGCAUUCGCCUUGCCUAUAAGUGUGCCGGAUAAGCCUGUGUUUACAGAUCCUCCAGUUAAGACAAAAUUCGGGUAUCAUAUUAUAAUGAUUGAAGGGAGAAAAUAAAAUUGUAUGAAAGACUA